CUAAAUCGCUUCUCAUCGGUGCUUAAAAAUGCCAGCGAAUUAUACUCAACAGCGGAUCAGCUGCUGAAAUACUGCUUACCGCGAUGCACUUUCAAGCAGUUGGUGGAGGAUAUCCUGAACGAUUCUGGGGGUUCUGGGAAUUCGGAAACUUUCAGACUGGUUGCAGACAUCUUACAGCGAAUCGCCGCCAAUACUGCCAGUGCUAUUUCCGCAUUUGCAAAUGAGAAAAAGUUAAAAAUUGAUUUGAAUGCUGAACAGUCGUGGGAACUCUACGAGAAGUGUAGCGGUGAAAAGCUCGAAAAUGCUCUUGCCAACUGCCUCAUCCUCUUUCAUGCAGUUUACGACGUCAGAUCCAUCCCUCAGAUUGUCUCCCCAGAAAAGUUGGAUGAGCUUGAACGAAUUUGCGAUGCGGCUGCGCAGCUUUUAAGUCAAUUCGGUAAGUAUACAUGUUCGUCGUUUACCAUUCAUCAGAUCAAUUUAUCAUGA